UUUGGACCCGCAGCGUACCGGGUUUCUCAGGCCAUAAGUUUACUCCGACUAUCUACAGGCCUGUGGAGCACCAGAAAGUCACAACAUAUGUUUGCUACCCUCUAUUUGAGCGUUUUCCUCUAUGUCAACUGAAACAGGCCUCAUUAAUUGACCUUUCAUCACAGGGAAAGCAAGCUAUACCAAAAACGUCAACUACGGCUACGACAUGGCAGACCGAGAACUCACCGACCAUUUUACGGCAUACUCCAUUGAUUUUGUUCUACGCCCUCGCACUCCCCCUUCAACCCCCGUUUCCUCCCCUCUGGACCCCCUUUCCUACCUCCCCUCCAACCAACGCAAUACACUCUCCCGAUUCAUGCGCUCCCAGCCUGCAGCAGCAACCUCCCUCUCGGGUGGCCAAAAGCCCAUGCUCUCGCACCGAGGAUUCACAGAGCUCGCGCUCUAUAGUGUGCUCCUGAAUCCAUCAGCGGCUUGGGGCCAGUUCAAUCGUGUGAUUCAGGAAUUUCAAUUACCUAUCCGGGCGGAGUGGGGCGAUAUUCCACGAGACAUGCUACCCCUUAGCCCGUAUCAACCGGAGGUGGAGCGGGUAAGAGUCUUACUUGAGGGUGCGAGAGCUACUGCUGAGGAGGAAGUGGAUGCCUUGCACGCGAGAUUGAAGCUUGAGCAGCGCGGGAGGCAGCAUGCGUUGGAUUUGUUGGAUGAUCGGGUUUGGGUUUAUCGAUAGUUGCUGGGCUUUUGGUUUAGUUAUGGUAAGGUCCAUAGCAUUGGGUAAUUAUUUAUAUUAAUUAUACACGAUAAGGAUCAAAUGGGAAUAUAUAAUAAUAAAGGAGGGGUAUUCGAUAUCCCAUAGUAGCCUGAACGAA